AUGUGGAAUUUAUAUUUACUUUAAUAAGCGUUUCCUUAACUCGGAUCACUAACGAGUGAGACCUCCAUUUUUUUCCCGGUUGGAGCUCGUUGUGAAAAGCAGCCAUAAUGAGUGGGCAGCUGAUUCUGAGGCGUCUAGGCAACAAAAUACGAUGGCAGCAAGUGCGGUCUUGUACAGCUGUUGUAAACCUCAAACAAGUUCAGACCUAUCCCAUGGAACAGACAAGUCAAGAAAUAAAGGACAAGUAUUAUCCUAUGACAGGUGAAAGGGAUAUAGUAGGACAUGGAUUGGCUAACGAGGGUCUCUACGUUGAUGACUAUGAAUGGCCAUGUUCUGGCGUACGCUUCAAGGCUAACACUCCAGAGAUCCUGGCCCUGCGAGAGAAAGAGUCGAACAAUGACUGGGGUAAACUCACGCUAGAGGACAAGAAAGACUUGUACAGAGCCUCAUAUGCUCAAACUUUUGAAGAAAUGUUGGCACCAACUGGAGAGUGGAAAAGACAACUAAUUAUAUUCUUAUUUGGAUGUUUUACGACCCAGCUCUUGAUAUGGGCUCAAGAAGAUUUAAUUCUACCUGCUCCAUCUGCACAAUUAAGUGAAGGACACAUGGAGGCAAUUGUGCAGAAUAUGAUAAAUCAAAGAAAAGGAAUUAUGUAUGGUCUCGCUAGUAGAUAUGACUAUAGCAAGGGAGAAUAUAAACCAGGCAUGCAACCUAAAGGUAGUGCUGAUAAGUAAACAUCUCAAUAAACAGGGUGGUUAAGGAACUUUAAAGAUUUAGUGGAUCAAGUUAUAAGUGUGAAUUUUAAGUACAUGUUUUUCGAACAUGCAAGAAUGUAAAUAACGCAAGUCAUGCAAGAUACAUUGUGUUGGUUUUGUAACUAUGUUGAUUAAACAAUGUGAUAACAAAA